AUGGCAGUUUCCAUUGCUUCUUCUCAGCAGCACCACCUUCCCAAAACCAACCCUAAUGCUGAACAAAAACACCAAGAAGAAUAUCAGAAAACCUACCAAAAGUACUCAGAUUUGCUCCAAACUCUUCCCAGAGCCAAAGGCUGGAUGACUGAACAUCUUGUGCAGUACCAAGGCCACUGGCUAACCCCCUGCUUUGCCCUGAAAGGAGCCUUGUUAUUGAAAAACCACUUCAAGGCCAAGCCCUCCCACAUUUUCUUGGCCACCUUCCCAAAAUGUGGCACAACAUGGCUCAGAGCCCUCAUCUUUGCCACCAUGGACAGGUCCCUCUACAACUUAUCCACACAUCCUCUGCUCACCACUGGCCCUCAUGCUUGUUUCCCUUUCUUGGAUGCAUCCAUCUGUCAAAACCUUCCCAUCCAUACCAAUCUUGAGCUUCUUUCUUCGUCGUCUCGGCUCUUUUCGACCCACUUCCCUUUCGACCUAUUGCCGGAGUCUAUGACAGCAUUCGUCUAUACAAGGGAGCUAGCUCCAAUUUCCAUUGCUUCUUCUCAGCAGCACCACCUUCCCAAAACCAACCCUAAUGCUGAACAAAAACACCAAGAAGAAUAUCAGAAAACCUACCAAAAGUACUCAGAUUUGCUCCAAACUCUUCCCAGAGCCAAAGGCUGGAUGACUGAACAUCUUGUGCAGUCCCUCUACAACUUAUCCACACAUCCUCUGCUUACCACUGGCCCUCAUGCUUGUUUCCCUUUCUUGGAUGCAUCCAUCUGUCAAAACCUUCCCAUCCAUACCAAUCUUGAGCUUCUUUCUUCGUCGUCUCGGCUCUUUUCGACCCACUUCUCUUUCGACCUAUUGCCGGAGUCUAUGACAGCAUUCGAUUGCAAGUUUGUGUACGUUUGCCGCGACCCGAAAGAUGUGCUUGUUUCCAAGUGGCUCUUCAUGAACAAACUAAGGCCUAAAGAGCUGCCACCCCUUUCACUAGAAGAAGCUUUUGAGUUGUUCUGUGAAGGGGUUUCACACUAUGGACCCUAUUGGGAUCAUGUCUUGGGAUAUUGGAAAGUAAGUUUAGAAUCACCCAACAAGGUUUUGUUCCUCAAGUAUGAGGAUUUGAAGAGGGAGCCAUUGGCGAACCUUAGAAGAUUGGCUGAGUUGAUGGGCCAGCCUUUUACAGUGGAGGAAGAGCAAGAAGGGGUAGUGGAAGCCAUAGUUAGACUGUGUAGUUUUGAGAGUUUGAGCGGUUUGGAAGGGCUUGUUGUCGAUAACCGUGAGUUCUUUAGGAAAGGAGAGGUUGGAGACGGUCGAAGUUACUUGACCAGGGAGAUGAUGCAGCGGCUAGACCGGCUGACGGAGGAGAAGUUGGGUGGUUGGGGUCUGAGUUUUGGUGCAUGUGCAUCUCCGGCACCGUAG